GCGACGCGUUUUAUUUAGCCUCGUUUUGAAAUUGCACAAUCCGUUUCGUGUUCUUUAUUUCAAUAUUUUUUGGACAAUAUUGUAGGCUUUUCUGUUGCUAUCUGUAUAUUGGUAAUGCGGAAACGAAACUAGUCAAGCACCAUGGCAGGAAAGAUUGGGAAAAAGUUUAAAAGCUUGCCCAAGUUCCGGAAGCAGGAGAGUAAAGAUAACCUCCGGCAACUAGACAUAAAUGGGCGAGAUUGUCAGGAAAUUAUUAAUGCUGUGAGACAUACAUACUUGGACAGUAACUUCCAGACAGCAUGGGAACUGAAGUCGGCAUCACUUGUGGAAAAUAGGGAGCUGCAGGAGAAAUACAGAGCCAAGAAGGCCGACAUGAAGGAGGAAGGAAGGAAUAUUUCCGAUCAUUACGCCUUCCUUGUGUUUCGUGACGGAAACCAGGUGCCUGCUAUUGUCAAAAACGGGCUGAAGUGUCGCGGACUGUCGUAUAAUGGAUUAGGUGACAGCAAGAUGGGUGUGUAUGUCUGGAGGAACGCAGAUGUGCAGAUAAGGGUCUCUGAGGGCUGGGGAAUUAACAUGUGUACGCUGAUGGUCUUCAAGAUGAUGAUGGGAAAAUGCAAGGUGAUAGCUCCAUCAACAACUCCUGACAAUGUAAUAGAGCCUACACCUAACUUUGACAGCCACGUUCCUCAAAUGAUGGCGAAGCCUAGUGACACUAUAGCUACCCAGAUUGCUAGGUCACAGAUAUACCUGUAUGAGUACAAUGAUGAUUGUGAGCCAACUGAAUUUCCCCGCCAAUGCCUACCCUAUGCCCUUCUUGUCUAUGAGAAGUCAGACAAUCCAAUCCCCAAGCCCAUCAAAGCCCCCACCCACCAAUAUGCCAUACGCCCUUCAGAGAGGAUAAAACUCUCCAGGUCAAGUAAGAGAGAUGAGGAACCUGCCAAAAAGCCCGAAACUAAGGACAAAAUUACUGCACCAAAUUAUGCACCAGAGAUGAUUGAUUUGUGUGUUCCUAGAUUGUCAAAAGCUGAUACUAAGGACAGGACAGAGGUUGUUGAAACUAUGGCAAAUUCUUUAGAUUCUUUAUCUCAGUCAAGUGAUAGAAGCGAAUAUGGACUCUGUGUACCUAGGCUGACUUCAGGUCUUCCAUCAACCAGAGAUGGGUCAGAAAUUAGGGAUGCUCCUUCAGCAGCUAGUGUAAGCUCUGUCCCACCAAGCGAUCCAAGGUCGCAACUCAGCUUUCUUCAGACUACCAUGUAUCAGCCGUCUUUUGGUCCAAGUGAUGAUGAAGCUGAAAUGUCUCCAAUUGUUGAUGAAGAUGGUGACACAGUUCUAGAUCUUAAUGCACUCCUGCAGAAACCUAGAAUGCCCAGCCUGCCUCCAAUAAAUCUGCCAUUCAUAACAGACACUAGGCAGCUUCGAGAUGAUUUUAACGAGUUAGAGGCUGGAAUCCCACGGGAUCCGAGGCUUCAUAAAGCAUCUGUACCUGUAAGUGUUCAAAGUGAUCCAAGAUUAAGAAGAGAAGAUCCUCGGCUUCAAACUAGAGGAGAGCCACCUCCUAGAAGGCAUGAAACUAGAUAUGAGCACAAGCCGAAAUAUAGAAGUUCAAGAAUGGAUAAUAGAUACUCUAGAAGCGACUCUACACAAUCGAGAGAAAGAAAGAAACUUUCUCUUGGUGACUAUAAGAAGAAAGUUAAUGCUGUCAGUGUGCAACCAGAAUUCUUCGAUCCUCAUGAACCACUAGAGCCACUGCAUGCCUCUAUUAUAGCAAACCCUAAUGUGCAAUCAGUGAAGAACCCCCUUUUAGGCAGUCAAACUCUGCUUCAAAGAUCAGACCCACCAAAUACUACUUAUUCUAGUCAAAUAAAUGUUCAUAGGGAUCCUCGGCUAAAUCGAACACAGGAAGCAAGUACAAGCUUCAGAGAUCCUCCUGUGCAAAUUCAAAGUAACACAGAACAUAGAGACCCUAGAGUAUUGUAUACUUCAGACACAUCUGGUGUACCUCUUGAUCCAAGACUGAUCAGCUCAACUGUAAAUUCUAAUUCCAAUCUGCAAAAUUCUGGACAAUAUAAUCAGGAUCAAGCUAUAAAUAAUGAAACAUUGGUUUCAGAGGCUAGUGCUAUUAGUGGAGAUUUUGUACAUGAACCAGAUGAUAUGGCAAAGGCCUUGAAUGAACUUUCAGAUCCAGAUGAUACCAGCCAGUCUCCAAAAAGAGCUUCCUCCCCUGAAAUUGAUGAUCCAACUCUUGCAGGAGCAAUGAAAAAGCUUGUUGAGCACUCUGCAGAUGUUUCUCUGUUUACUGAAGCUCUUAAAAGCUUGCAAGAGUCUGCUGCAGACUUUGGUGACCAGCUUAAUGAUCCAGAAUUCCUUGUUAAGAAAAUUGCUGAGAAGAUUGAAGACCUUACUCAAGUAAAACAAGAGAAAGAGAGAUUAGAACGUGAAAGAAGUCAGAAAGAAAAAGAAAUAUUAGAAAGGAUAAAUAGAGACAGGUUGGAUAAAAUGGAAAAAGAGAGAUUGGCUGAACUUGAAAGAGAGGAAAGAGCUGAUGCAUUGUUUAUGGAAGGUUUUGAAGAAGGUGAAGAUAUAGAUUUGAGACCAAAGAUAAUUGGGAAAAUAAUUGCAGAUAUUCAGUCACCAGAUUCAGUCCUGUCUCCAGAUGUUUCAAAUGAUGCUAAAUAUGGUGAUUCUCAGGUGAAAUGUAUUCCUCUUGAGACUUCAGGAAAUGUAGAAAAUAAGGUUGACGGUGGUACUAGUUCUGCAUUAAAUGAAGCAAUGAGAAAGACACUUGAAGAACUCAGUAAAACUGAAAAGCAAACAGCAGUAAACCCAAACCCAAGAAACAGACUAAGAAAGAGUCGUUUCGAACCGCAAGUAAAAGGGACAGAAAAUAAUAGUGUCGAAGAUCUUGAAAGCAUACCAGUUCCCCCUUUGCCAGAAAAAGAUCAGGUUAAAUCCCAUAUUUUAGAACCAAAAUCUUCAAAUGUGUCACAAACGUCACCAAAAGAUUCAAAUCAUGAUAAAUUACAACUAAAGAAAGGCAGUCUAGGUGAACUUGUUAGAAAGAGGGCACAGCAUCCUGUAGUGGAAAUUGACCCAUCUACCAAUAAUGCUGUUGUUGAAGACAGACAAAAUGUUGGGGAUAGAUUAAAUGAGAGUAAUGACUUGCAAUCUAGAGUAAUGGAAUUUCAUGGAAGUCAUGAACAAUAUCAAUAUAGUGGAUUUGAUACAGAUAGCCCUAGGGGUCGUGGUAGAGGCAGAGGAUUAAGAGAUAUAAGAGGAAUGGAACAUCAACACUAUGGCAGAGGAAAGGAUGAAUAUGUUGAAAGAGGUAGAGGAAGAUUUGUAACCAGAGCUGGUUAUGAGUCAAGGAAUUGGGAAUCGCCAGACAAGAGACAUUAUGAAAGAGAGUACAGGAAAUCUAGAAGUCCUGACAGAAGGCACAAUGAAAGAGCUAAUAGUCGUUCUGCAGAUAGAGAAACAAGGUCAAGAGAAAGGGAGAAUGAUUAUGAAAGUUACAGGGACAGAGAUGGAAGGCAUUAUAGAGAUAUUGAAAAACAUUCAAAAGAAAAUGAGAAUAGCGCUUCAAUUGAAAAACAGAUGGAUUAUCAAAAACAGGAAAAACCUGAAACAAAAAUUGAAGAAAACAUGCAGAGGCUUCCAUUUGAAAAGGGAAUGGUAAAUAGUCCAGUGAUGAUAAAACCUAAAGGUAUUAGACUUCGCAAUGAGAGUCAUGAACAUUUAGAUGAUGAUGAAGAUGAAGAUAUUGAUCUUAGAAGUGGUUUUCCAGCACAUAAAAAUGUGCUUGGAGGACUUAAAGCAAAGACAGGUAAGCCACAAAUCAAGUUCAAUCUGAAGAACAUGUCUCUUAGUCAAAAUAAAGGUCCACAAUCAGAAAGUAAUGAAAAAUAUAUUGAUAAGCAUGAGGACAGUGACGGAAGAAAUCAAAAUAUUCCAGCUGAAACAUUGACAACUGACAAGUUAAGCAAGAAUGAGAAUAAACAAUCUGAACUUUAUGAUCCAUUUGAUUUAAGUGAUGUUGAUGAAAGAGAAUCUGUUGAAAUGGACUUAGAUAGUGACAUGGAUAAAAGUGACAAUGAAGUUGUUAAAGUAUCUGUUGAGCUUGACUACGGUGAUGUUGACUUAAGGUCAAAUGACAGAAGCAGUAAUGAAAACUCCCAACAAGAACAUGUAGGUGAUUAUGAUUUUAGAAAAUCACAAUCCAGAAGUUUAUCACCGCCUGGGAGAGAAAGCAGUUCAGAGAGAAAAAAACGGCAGACAAAAUUCAUUGAUCCAUUCGGUCUUGAUGAGGAAUUUCAUCCUGCUCAUUUGGCUGAAAAUAUUUCAGAUUCCCGGUUGUGGGAUGAUACUUUGAAAGACAAUAGAAGUCAAACAGGUUUUAAUAAAUCAGGAUCAUCUGUAAAAAAGGUUGUGCAAGAGUUGAGUGCAAGUCAAGACUCGAAUUCCAGUGAAGGACCAGGUAUGCUUUUUGAUGCAUAUUCCUUAGGAGGAAAAAAGGAAACAGUAAUGCCAUUGAAUGAAUUUGGUGAUUAUGAUUGGAGACAGGCAGAAUCUAAGGAAAAAUCUCUCAGAGUAUCACUCGGCCCUGGAUUAACAAGUUAUACUGACUCACAAUUAAAGCAGUUUAAUGAAAGUAUUCACAGUUUGUUUCCUCAUGGUGUGCAAAGGCCUAACCCUAAUGCAGAUAUUACCAUUCAGAGGCAGCAAAAUCAGCAUGUCAUUGGAGACACACCAUCCAGCUCUCAAUCUGGUGACGGUGAAAGUCUGAAAAAAGUUAUGCUGGGUCUGGAUUUUUCUAACAUAAAGAACAUUUUGUCUACUGUUAAACAUCGUGUCGGUGGCAUUGUUGAAAAUAAUAAUGAAGGCAGUAAUUCUGAAGCUGAUAACAACCAAGGCAGAGGAUUUCCAAAUUCAGAUGGACCCCAGCAGGAUUCAUGGAAUCAGCAGAAAGAAAAACCAGGACUGGCAAUUCCUGGUUUUGGAGGUUUUGACGAGCCAGUAAUGGACAACAUACCACAGAGUGCAAAGGAGUUUAGUCAUGGGAAGUUUGGCAAGAAUGCCAGUGAGGAUUCUAAAAAUGCUUCUGGGUUUGGACCAGUCAGUAAGGAUUCUUUUUGGAACUCUGAACAUAGAUGGGGUAGAAAUAAAACGGAUACUGAUGAUAGAAAUAGGGGCAAUGUUGAAAAACAUGAAGUAGCAAAGACAAGUAAAGGUGUUUCUGAGAAGCUGAAAGGUGUUGAGAAAGAGGAAGUCAAGUUAGAUAUGAAAAGUGUUUUUGAUGCUGAAGCAAGGAAAAUAAAGCCGGGAAAAGUAUCAAGUUUGACUGCUGAGAAGAAAAUUGAUCAAGGAAACUAUUCAACUCCAAAGAGCAAAAACCAGUACGAUGAUGAUGACUUUGAUGAUGAUAUUUCCACUCCUUUACCAGAUAUUUCAUAUCAGUCUGCUUUGCUUGAAUCCAUGGAACAAUCUGCUCUUAAACUCAGAGGAGAUGAUGAUGAAACUCCUUAUAAAGACUACAGAACACUAGAAAAAACUCCUUACGGUAAAAUAGCUACUGACAGUGAAACUGAUAGAAAGUCUCGGAAAAGAAUCUUAGAGUCAAGUUUAGAAAGCUUUACCAUACCAGUUUCAAAACAGUCCAAACUAGAAAGUGUGGAAGAUUUUAUCACUCUAGAUGAUUCUGACAAAGACAUUGAUGAUGAUAGUGAUGACGAUGAUGAGGGUUUAAUGAUUGCCAGCGAUGUAGAGGAGGAAGAUGAAGGGCUUGUUAUUGACCUUUGUCCUACAACACCAACCACAAAAUCUUCAAGCAAAAAGAAGAUUCCUGAUGAAGAAGAAACCAGUGUAGAUGACAACCAGGAAGAUCCAAGAGCUGAAACACCUACAAUAAUAGAUGAUGAGCCCACUGAAACCAUUGGUGCCGAGUUGGAAUCGGAUCCAAAUCACAUGGAGAUUGCAUCAAGCAGUAACGAAAUGAGGUCAGCGAUAGAGAAAAGUCGUAAAAACAUGGUGAUUAAAUUUAAAGGAGAUACGAAGAAGGUCAACCCGAAAACUGGAAAAACGUAUAGUGAAAACAUAGGAUCAUCCAUUGAAGUUGUUGGACAAUCAUCUAGGGUCAAGAAAGACACUUCUAGCCCACAAUCUAUUAACAAUCAGAACUUAACAUCAACAUCUCAAAGCUCCAUACUCCAUCUCCCAUUGUCAACUGCUUCUCUUCAGCAUCAGUCAGACUUCCCAGUUGGAAAGUUCAAACCCAUAGGAUCAACAGAGCCAAAAAUUACAAAACCAUCCACACCGGAGACUGAAUCUUCCCCAGUAAACAUGUUUGCUCCUAUAGAGGAAAUGCAAGAUAAAGUUUCCCCACCUGUUUCUCAAGUGCCAUAUAGAAUGCUUCCGCCAUUGCCUUCAACAGUAAUUCCUGUUAAUCAACUCGCCCAGUCACUAUCUGGACAACCACUUAAAUUUGACACUGGUUCAUCAAUUUUACCGCCAUUACUUCCUUUCCCUGUUCAGAGGCAACUAUUUCAUCCUCAUUCUGGUGGUCCUCAUCAUUUGCCUGGUCACGGUUAUGGACCAGCUGAAUCAAGCCAAGCAUCAGCUUCGUCUAGCUUGGAUAGGUCAUCAAAAGACCCAUACGAAUGGUUUAAAGAUAAAGUGGAUCCAUCUCCAGGUCCAAAAUCAUUGGAUGCUAAAGAUCCAGCUAAUUGGUUUGCAGAUAAGAUUGGUAAAAAGGAGACUAAGUGUGAGGAGGAUUUUAGGUCUAAAUCAAAAGAUUACAGUGAUAGUGAAAUGAAGGCAAAAAGACAGAAAAAGAGAAAGAAGAAGGAUAAGGAAAGUCCGAGAAAAAGUUCAAGGAAAAUAAAAAGUGAACAUGAUCAUAGUCCUAGUCCUAAAAAGAUCAAAUAUGAAAUGGACGGUAGGAAUAAAUCAGAAAGUCCGAAAAAGCUUGAAAAGAAAAGACAUUCAGAAAUCAAACUUGAACGAGAAAGUCCGAGCUAUUUUGAGAAGAGAGGACAAUCACAAAGGCAGGAAGAGAGUGAUUCCAAAAAUCUGAUAACUGCUGAUGAAAUCAAUCAAGACAAUAUAAUAAGGGAUGUAUCGAAUCUGAAAUCUGAUGUUGAUGGACAAACACUUAAGACUAGUGGUGAGGGUAAGAAAUGUGUAAAUGAAUUUGGGAACAAGAUUCUUGAGUCUUUGUCAGAAGUGAAGAAAGUGAAAAAAACUACUAAUGACAAACCUCAGUCAACUGAAUCGCCGAAGAAUAUACAUGAAAUGAAAACUGCAAGUACUCCUGAAAAAAUACGAAAUAAAGUAGCAAAACCAUUGCCAGUGAAAAUAGACUUAUCAAUAAAAGAGAAAAAAGAUAUCCAGUCACCCGUAAAAACAACUGAGAAAAUGAAAAAAGAUGAUGGUCUGAUUGUCAUUGAGUCGGAUGAAUCAGAAUUAGAAGAUGGGGAGAUAUCUGAUGACUCGGAUGAUGGAGUUGAAGAGAUAGUGAAUGAUAGGAAAGACACAAGAACUGUUGUUGAACAUUAUAGUAGGUCUGCAAGUGAAAGACUUGGCCCAUAUCACAGGGAUCAGUCCGAUUAUCUCGAUACUCCAAAAAGAAAUGUGAAUUUUAGAAAUGAUUAUGAUGUGCGUCAGGGCAGAAGAUACACAAGUAAAGGUGAAAAAGGUGCUCAAUACUGGUCUGAUAUUAUAUCCAAUCCAGACACAAGAGAGGAAAGAGUGAAAGCUACAAGGAUUGAGUCACCUUCUCUUAGGAAAUUAGAACCAACAGUGCAUAAGGAUACAGAACUGCUUAAAUCUGUAGCUUCCUUUACAAAAGCUAAACAAAAAGUGCAAGCAGUUUGCCAGGCAAAGACAUUGGAAGAAUGGCUAAAAGUAGAGUUAGAAACGGAUAGUGUUGAGCAUUUAAAGGAUAUUGUUCCCUACCCCCUGCAUACAGAUUUGACUACAUUUCCUAAGGCAAGGCGUAGGAAAGUAAAACUUAAAGUAAAACAAACAAUUGAGCAAGAAGCAAAGAAAAGAGGCCAGACAGCACCUUUUGCUUCGAGUAGUCAGCAAGCAUCUUCCACUCUACAAAGUGAUCAACAAUCUCAUAUAGAAGUUGAGGAGACUUAUAAAAAUGAAAGUUAUCAAAAUAUUCCAUCUUACACCAGAAAUCAACAAAACUUCCAACAUGGGCAAUUUGGACAGAGGUUCAAUCAACAAGGUGGUUAUCAGCAGAGGAAUGAUCCCCCCUGGAACCAGAAGAGACAAUAUCAGAAUAGGGGACAGGGUGGGAGAGGAAAUAAUAUAACUGUUGGUGAACGAGGGAAUAAUGUAAAUAUUAGUGAACGAGGGAAUAAUUUGAAUAUUGGUGGAAGAGGAAAUAAUAUAAAUAUCAGUUGCAACCAACCUGGACAAAGAAAUGCUCCCGCACACCAGCCUGAGGUUGUUGUGAUUAAUGAUGAGCUGGACCAGGUUACGCCGGAGAAGCAGCCUCAAACUGAUCCCAACUUCAUUAAAAUCAGCUACUCCCCUGAAGUUCACAAUGACCAAUUGGAAAGAGAAUUGGCACUUGUUAAAAGAACACUUUUAGAGAUCAAUAAUCGAGUACCAAAAUCAGGCCCUAAUUUUACAAGCCUUAAUGAAUCAGAGUCUUUCCCAUAUAGAAUGAAAGUAUUAGAAGACAAGAGAAAGGUUGUAGCAUUAAAUAUGGUGGAGGGUGAAAUACGGACAUUGUUGAAUAAGACUUCUUUUUACGGCUAUCCACAUAGAAGAGUACCUGAGGAGCUUUUGCUGAACUCCGAAAGGAACACCUUUAAAUCACUUGAAGAAGAUGUGUUUCUUAUUCUCAUGAUGCCUAUCUCAGUGAAACCUUACAUGAAACUCCUACAGAUGAAACUAAACAUUGAAGAAAAAUUGCAUCUUAAAGAAAACGCUCAAACUCCGACUGAAGUGAAAGAAAUCAAUGAUCAGCUGAAUUCAAUGCAUUCUCAGAGGCAGUCGCUUUUACGAUCAUUUACUGGUUACCUGAACAAGAAGCGGAUUCAGAAGAUUCAAGACACAGUGGAUAAGUACACUUUGGUGUAUGAGCACUUUAAGGGGCUAAUGCCUCCGACUCCGGACUCCAUGUUGAAGCAUGUCAGAACAACACAGAUGGAUUUAAGACAACAUCUCAUACUGGCCAAACAGUAUAUGGCAAUGGAUGAACUUCACCACAAUCCACCGGCUGUAUAGGCCAUUGUACAAAAUACUGCCUCUUGUAUCUUAGUUUUUCAAAUUAUUGAAAAGGUGUCGGUAUCUGUCUGUCCGUGUUUAGCUAUGAUCAUUACAUUCAGUUUACAAGAUUCAAGAAAUGGCUGUAUUAUUAGCUCUACAGUUUGGCUCAAGACAUUGAUUGCAUGCCAUACACAUUUGAAUUAUUCUAUGUUUUACCUUUUCAGGAUGUGCUAAGCAAAAUACUGUUCUUCAUUACAAAAAAAAGUUAAUCAAGCUAGGACUUGAUUUAAAUGAAUAAUAUGCAGGUCAUUGACCUUCAAACAAAGAUAACAUUAAUUAUCCCAAUUUUAUCUAGGAAUAGUAAAUCCAUAACAAUUUAUGUAUAAACUUAAAACUAUUGACAUGCUAGUGAAUAGCUGCAUUUAAUCAAGAUUCUUAGACAUAUUAGGAGCGUAGGUUUGACAAGUGAUAAUAAGUCAUAAUAUUUGUAUCCACAAAAAUGUCUCAUUUCAUGACAAAAUAAUUUUUAGCCAUAUUUUGGAGCUUAACUUAACCCAAGUGCUUUUGUAAUAAAAUGUACAUAUUGUUAAUAUUAGGUCACAAAUUUUUAAUGGCCAUGCACAUAAAAAUGUCUCUUAUCAUGCCAAAUAAAUUUCAUUACUGGUUGAUGGUAUUCUGUAAAUAUUUCCAUUUUGUAUUCAGUGUGCAUGUUUAUGUUGUUCCUUCAUAAAACUAUUCUAUUGUCAAUGAAUUGCCUCCAUUUAGAAUCUACAUGUAUACAGACUUAUUUAAACUUCCACUGUCGACAGUGGGUGUAUAUUUGUAAUGACUUUUUGAAAUAGAUACUACAUG